UUCCCCUGGUGCUGGUGGUGGAGUCGCUGGUUUAAACGACACAUACGUACAUACAUACAUACAAAUACACCCAUGCUAGUGAAACUUGAAGCUCUCUUUAAAGUGAAGUGCAAGGCGAACCAUCAGGAAAAAAAAUGAGAUAAUUAACCAUUUCCAUAAAAAAAAAAAUAAUAAUUCUAAGGUGCUCUUUAACCAUGUAAGUCAUUUGUUUGUGUGGGCGGCGUGUGUACGUAUGCAUGCGUGUUUAAACUUUCCACAUGAACGGGUUGUAAUUCCCAUCAGCUCGGAAAUUCAAAGUUAGAAGCAGCAGUGGAAGUGUUUGGCGAAGAACAUACGAGGGAAACUUGGAAACUAAGUUAGCGACAAUGUCCAAGUGAAACGAAGAGAAAGAGGAAGAGAGAGACCCCACGAAGUUUUCAUUGCACGAAGAACCCGAUUUGUUUUUUGCCGCGAAACAGAGAAUCACCUUUAAUGCAACUCGGAAUUAUUAUUAUUAUACGCACUGCGGAGUGAAGGCUGCAAGGCGGGGAGGGCGUGGAAGUAACUAAUAGAUGCCUGAACUUUACACCAGUGAAAUAAGGACGUGAAAUUUUAGUGUCCAUUAGUGGUGAUGAUAUGACGGUGGUGGUGGUGAUGGAGGUGCCUGCGUAGUGUAGUGGUGAAUGCUGCUAGCGAGUGUGGUGUGGCAAUGGCGGCGAUCGAGUCCUGCAGCGGUAGUGGUGGUGGUGACGGGGAAGGGAUGGGCAGGGGCCGUGCCGUGGUCGCCGCCGUGCUGAGUAUUAUCUCCCUCGCUGUGCUCAGCCUCCACGUGGCGCUCUGCCUUCACUACCCCUCCCCGCUGUUUGCUGUGACACUUCUACUUAAUCCAUCCCUGUGGAUGCUGCUCGGCGCCGUGGGGAUGGGCUGCGCUCUCGCUCUCACCUACAGGGAGCGGCAGCGGAAAGUUCGGGCCGCCCUCUGUACCACCUGCCACACCCGUUAUGGUGCCACUGUGGACGGCAAGUGGCGGGAGGGCGUGACGCCAAGGCCCCGGGGACCCUCCAGGGCGGUCUACGCCUACAAUGGCAUCUCACACAAAUUCUACGCUUCUUACGGCGCCAUGAGUGAAAAGCCCGGCGCAGGAGUGAAGCAUCCGGCGGUACUGCACAAAGGUCCCGCCCCGCACAUCAAGCAGGACUCGCCUUUCUCCUGCUCCGAAGGGACGCCCCUCAAGGCGCCGCCUGAGACAGACAAUGACGGAUCAGACGGGGAUCUCAAGGGGAUCAUAGUCUUGAAAGGAGCAGCGUCUCCUGGCCAGGACACUUCCCUUCCUGACUCUUCCUCGGCCCCGAACACUGACGUCACUACCCCUCCCGCCGGCCAGGAUUCGCCAGAGACAACGUCUCUUCCCAGCCAGAGCGACGGUGACAAGAAAGCCUUUGCUGCAGCAGCCCCCGGAGAGAAGCUUGCCUGUAACUGCCUCUCCAGGUACGGGGGCAUGAGCCACAGGGUAAGGGAGCGAGCCCACCGAGAGCAUGGUAACGGAGGGGCGGCGAGGCGGCGGCAAGGCCAGCCUGAGGUGAGGACGGUCGGAAAAUACCACAAGCGGCUCCUGAUGCAGUGUCAGGCACGAGACCCCAAGGAUGUGCCCGUCCACCUCUUCACCACCUCCUCCAGCGUCUCUGCCACGCAAGACACGGUGCCUACCUCCACUGUGCCACCCGCCACCACCACAUCGGUGGACGUGUGCAAUGAGUCACGACCUCUGCUUCCUCGUGGCAUUACCGACGCUGUGGUGCAGUUCCGGGGAGAGGACGGCAGCGUUCCCAUGGGCAAGGAGGCUGUCCCCGACCCUGGGUGUAACCCGCCGCCAAACACAGCCACCCAGAGACCACUUGACUCCCUUUCCCCAGCCAGCACAUGUGCUCCGUCCCACACACCCGCACCACGCCCUCCGUCCCCAGGACCCCCCUCGCGUCCCUCUCCGUCCCCGCCGCUCACCCCCGCCGCCGAGGGCAACAGUUCCGGCGAUUCUGCUCACGACGCUUUCCAGACUCUUCAGGACCCUGAGGUGGCUUCCAUGUCCUCGGAGUGUGGACUCCUACCCUCCAGCGAGGAGUCCAGCGCCCCGUCCCGCUCCCCGCUGUGGGGCGCCUUAGGCGGCACCAAGCGAGAACGGCGGGCAGAGGAGCGUCAGGCGGAUCGCAGCAGGAAUCGGCCACCCUUAAGUUCCCUGCUGGCCACCACGCGGCGCGUGCUGGCCAGGCCUCGUUGGACGCGGCAGGAGGAUCGCACGCCCCCAGCGCUGCAGCUAUCCCCGUCCUCGCCCCGCAAGAGACGAGUGCCGGGCGCCGCCUCGGGCGGGCGACUGUGGCGGCAGCAGAAGCAGUCCCCCGCGAGACCCCUGGCAUCAAUGGGAGCUGAGAGCGCCGAGAACACGGACAGUGGCGGGACAGGCGGGUCAGGGAUGAGUCAAGCCAACAGUCCUGAUGGCGGCAGUCCCAGUACGCCCGCCAGACCUCGGGAGCGUAAAGUGAGGAGGACGAGGCCACGGCCACGACACCGAGACCCGGCAGGGGACUCCGUUUUGUUGCUCAGCGAUGACGCCACCGAGGAGUGAGACACCGCGCCGCGCCCCGUGAUACGCCACGCAGCCUCCUUGGGACACACUUAACACACUUCGGUGAUGCACUAAGGGUGAAGAUUAUAUUUUUUUAUAACAUAGCUUAAGUCCUCUGUCACAAACACUUAGGAAUAUGUUGGAAGGUGCAGGAUAUUGUGAAGGUGGUGCGCCACACGAGUCUGGCGAUGCUGAGUGGUGGUACUGUGUCACUGUGUAGUAGUGUGUGCUGUAGGCUGCCUGCGUGGAAACAUAGUUACUGGAGAUCGAGAUUGUUGAAUGUUAAGGAAACACUUGGCUGCCUAUGUUGAAAGAUUCGAAUAAUAAGAUAUCAUUAGGCUACUUGUAGGGAACUAUGUUAAAAUGGGGUCGAUAAACCUGCUAAUUGUUGGAAGAUAACGUAAUAAUAGUGGGCCUGCGCCAAAAUCUGGGUAUUCAGUUUGAAAUAAUAGAAUAAUAGAUUCAAUAAGGCCUGUGUUAACGUGUGUUUUGAGGUUAACAUGUUCAAGUAACUUUGAAACCCUAACCCAUUAAUUUCUUCAUCCUGUGUAGAUAUCGCGGUUGCCUUAAUAUUGGAGUGCUCACAUCACGUUAUCCGAAUGUCGUGUACUUUACGUAAUAGCGACCUCGAUAUUAUAUUGUAAUAAAUGAACAAAAAACACGAAUAUAUUUAGCGUAGAUAUUUAUGAUUUACAGGAAUAUGGUUAAAGCGUCUAUAGACUAUAGAGUUUAGGAUCCAAGGUGUUUUUGGAUUAUUGGUAACAGAUAUAGUAUCGCGUUACGAGGCGAAGCGUGUAUGUAUCUUGUAUUACAGUUUGGGAGCCAUGCACUGCCAGGCAAGCAACAUAGAUAAUGAUAAGAGAGAUGGGGAGGAGGGAGACCAAAACAUAUCAUAACCAUUAUCUUUGCAGCUGGAAAAACAAAAGGCAGUAAAAAGUUACUAAAAAACGCACAUAAAUUAAACUAUAGCAUAAGGAAAUCAAAAGAUAA